AUGGCUGAUUCCGUCAAUAUUCAAAACCUGCUUCAAGCGGGGUACUUUACAACCUCACGGAGCAGAAGCAAAUCUCCGAACCAAGAAGAGGUCGACCAGUGCCCAGACCCUCGCCGCUUAGUGCAGCCGCGCGACGACUACGACUACGACUCUCGAUACGACCGGCAGCGCAGGAGCCCGUCUCCUAUCCGUCUACCGCCCCCGCCUUCGCUCACCCGUCCCGCGGCCGCGUCCCGGAGCAAGCCUGUGCCUCCUCGUCCUACCGUGGACGAUGAGGAUAGCAUACUCGACAAGGAACACGGCUACACAAAGACUGUUCUUCCUGAGGAGGAGGCCGCUUCCAAGGGUGAUGCCGACCAAGCUCAGACUAUUAUGGAGGUCCAUGAGUUUAACCCUGAAAGGCGAUUCGUUCUACUCGACGAUGAGUCGGCCACUUCUACCGACGGCGACCGCUCCGACUCUGUCGAGGAGAAAGUCGACCCCAGACCUAAAUCCACCGAAAACUCGAAAGCAGCGGCUCGUUCUGGCGAUGCAAACCAACACUCCCCACGCUCGCGAAGCGCUGGUCUUUCCCCGCCGCCUCCGCCUCCGCCGACAGGCCGAAGACGAAGCAGACAGGACUUACCUGUCCUGGAGACGGAGUUGAGUGAUCGUCAGUAUACAGAGCACCAUCGGAGUAGGUCCGCUGUGAAUGGUCCGCGCCCCGACUACUUCAACCCCUCGCAAUCUUCCCGGGCAUACGGCGACCAACUUCUGUCCCCCGACUUUACCAAGCACAGUUCCCGCGGAAGAGACGACGGCUACUACGGUCGCGAGCACAGGGACAGAUCUCGUGAGAAACGCCGCUCUAGAAUCAGCCCAGAAAAUUCUGCCAGACGCUCAGACACUGCCUCCGAGUAUCGAGCCCCCAGGCGUACCAGUUCAAUCGAUAGGGACAGCGAUCGUCGAAAUCGAGGCUUCUGUUCGAGUGCUUCUCGGGAGGCCGCCUAUUCCAGACCAGUCCAGCCCCCUUUAAGAGAAACCCCGAAAUUGUCAGCACGCACAUCUCGCGAGCCUAGUCGCUCCAAGGAUGAGUAUCCAAAGACGUCUCAACCUCUACCAGCGUCGCGAAUGCCCCUCAUUGUGCAGGAGGAUAGUCCGGUGAAUCUUCCUAGGGCAUCAGAGCCUGAGAGAGGUAGUGCGGCAAACCCGUCAGCAAAAUCAAGCACUGUACCUCCUGAGAAAAUACCACCUCGGACAAAUACGAUGCCUGCCUAUCCCGUCGAAAAGCCACCAGUGCUUCGACCUGCGGCCACAAUCAACCUAGCCAGGGAGUCUCAGAAUGCGGUACAAUCACCCCUGCCUUAUCCUGAAGAAGACGCGUUUCCUGUCGAUCCCUUUUCGCUUCCUCGGGAUGCAAGCCACCCCACCAAUGGUCCUCUUUCAAACAUCCAUAUGCCAGCACUCCCGCUCGAUUUCACUGCUGAGACUCCAGCAAGACAGCGGCCUGCAAAUGCAAAUGGAUUCCAGUCUAGCUCCCCGGCACAUGAUUCUAAAGAAUGGAAGCUGGGCAGCUUCGAUCCAGAAAGGGAUGGCGUCAAGGUUGACCGCCCCGUCGGAGCGUUUCGACGAUAUUCGGAGAACAAAGCCGAAGGAGCGUCGGACCGGCUUCCAAACUGCCCUCGAACGAAGCCAGUAGCUGGCAGGGUAGAUUGGCUCACCCUCCCCAGAACGGAUUUCAACAUUUGUCCCGAGUGCUAUGGUCAAGUCUUUUACAACUCGGACUAUCGAACCCAUUUUCAGCCUGUGCUGCGUCCGACUAUGGAUGCUAUUGUUUGCGACUUUGGAUCCUCGCCGUGGUAUAGAAUCGCAUGGCUUCUGAUCUUAAAAAACAAUGACACGGAUCUUCGAGUCUUUCACGAUAUUGCCGCCAUUGCCUCGGCGUCUCGCGGCUACCUUUGUCCUGGCGACCGCAAGACGACAAGAGAAUGGUACACAAUCAGGGAUCCCUACACGAAGCGUCCGGUUCCCAAAUUUACCGUUUGUUACCAGUGUGCCAAGACCGUGGAAGCUCUCUUGCCCCGCCUCAGUGGUAUUUUUGUGCCUCUGGACUCGAGGUCAAGCCCUGUUCGCAGCAACUGUGCACUACACUUUGAACCCGAUCGAACAGAGUUUGUCUUUUACUUUGACUCGUUUGAGACUACCGCCGACAAAGCGGAGAAGUCGAACAAGGGUCCUGAUCUGGGCUAUCUGGCGCAGAAGCUGGAGCGUCUCUGUGCGCACACGGCCUGCCGAGAAGACAAGCCGAUCACGGAUGGCUACUGGCACUUUAUGCAGUUCCUGCCCGAACUUACCGUCUGCGCAGACUGCUUCGAAGACGUGGUGCAGCCACAGCUGUCAGAAGAAAACGUCAUUGCGCGCAACUUUUACAUUAAGCCGCGGAAAGUCCCAUUGGCGACCUGCCAGCUGUAUUCGCCGCGGAUGCGCGAUGCUUUUAAGCGAGCAUGCCGUCGAAACGACCACAAGUAUCUGGAGAGCAAGGUCAAGGAGAGGCUGGAGGUGGAGUCGAGCAUCAAGAGCAAGCUCGCAAAGCUGGAUAGAGAUGGGCCGAGGGACGCACGCAAGGAGAAGCAGAUUGAUGCAUUGAUUGAAGAGUGGAAGGAGUGGGAAUGA